UCGCGAUAAAGGCUCAUUGUCUCGCGCGAGCGCGCCCCAGCAGCCGGAUUUCGGGGCCGCCGUGGCCGGGAAGAGGACUUGCAUGUGUCGCUUCAGCUGGCGGGAGCGGAGGCGGCGGGGGCCGUGCGACCGGCUAGGUCUGUGAGAUGGCUGCUGACAUUUCUGAAUCCAGCGGGGUGGAUUGCAAAGGCGAUACGAAGAACAGUGCCAAGUUAGAUGCGGAUUACCCUCUUCGAGUCCUUUAUUGUGGAGUCUGCUCAUUACCCACAGAGUACUGUGAAUACAUGCCUGAUGUUGCUAAAUGUAGACAAUGGCUAGAGAAGAAUUUUCCAAAUGAAUUUGCAAAACUUACUGUAGAAAAUUCACCCAAACAAGAAACUGGAAUUACUGAAGGCCAGGGACCAGUAGGGGAAGAGGAGGAGAAGAAAAAACAAAAAAGAGGUGGAAGAGGGCAAAUAAAACAGAAGAAGAAGACAGUACCACAGAAGGUCACGAUAGCCAAAAUUCCCAGAGCAAAGAAGAAAUACGUGACGAGAGUGUGUGGCCUUGCAACUUUUGAAAUUGAUCUCAAAGAAGCACAAAGAUUUUUUGCUCAAAAAUUCUCCUGCGGUGCCUCAGUGACAGGAGAGGAUGAGAUCAUCAUUCAGGGAGACUUCACAGAUGACAUCAUCGAUGUCAUUCAGGAAAAGUGGCCAGAGGUGGAUGACGACAGCAUUGAAGACCUUGGAGAAGUGAAGAAGUGAUUCUGAAGUCAUACGUUUCUGACUGUGACCUGAGAGUUGACACGGCCAGCAGAGGAGAGGCCUUUCAGAAUAUAUACAUAUGUACAUAUGUGUGUAUAUAUCCCUACAGUAAAGCUGUAGACUCCUCGUCCUUGGCGUCCUCACUGUUGUGUACAAGGCUGCUUGGGUGGUUGGUUUGGUUUUAUUUGUUUUGUUUUUUUUUAAAUUGCCAAAGUCUGGAGAGAGAGAGAGAGAGAGAGAGAGAGAGAGAGAGGAGAGACUGACUGUCAUGCUUAUGCAUGAAUCUGAAUUUAGUCAAAUAAAACAUUUUGGUCA